AUGAACUCAAGCAUUCUUGAAGCCAAGGAUAAGGCCGCCGCGGCCGUGACCCCUAUCCUUGAACAGCAUGGCAUCCGGCAUGCCUAUAUUGGCGGUUAUGCAGUCAACGUUUUGGGCCACGAUCGCCAGACCGACGAUAUUGACAUCUUGAUCGAUAUCGAAAACGACAAACCAGCGCUCCAAAACAUGGCCCAACUUCUGUUGGAUGCAGACACGAGAUUCUCUCUAGUGACUUACAAGCUCACCUUCACCUGCGGUACACAUCGUAUUCCUAUUGAGACUCUACCAACAGGAGAGUUGGGUCUACCCCGCGAGAUCAAGACGAUUCAAGUCGGCGAACAUAUGAUACCCAUCCUGCAACCCGAUAUUCUGAUUCUCACGAAGAUCAAGCGCUGCGUUCACUACAUUGGUUCCACUCGACCAAGAUCUAUCCGAAAAUUUGAAUUUGAUCUUUUUGAUAUCGUCUUCUUGCUGGGAUGGCUCAAGUCGCAUAACCAGACGGUUGAUUUCGACGCGUACAACACCCCUGACGAGAAUAGAGGGCGUUUGUAUGCGGCGGUGAAAGAUCUUGCAGACUACUGGCAAGAUGAUGCCUAUAGCGAGGAGAUGGAGUUGCUACAAGCUACACUGUCACAAAAGGACCGAGAAAUAUUGAAAGUAUAA